AUGGAAUCAUCUAUUCAUCAAGAAGACAGAGUUCUUAAAGGAAUGAAAAUUAAAAGAGAAAGAUAUAUUUCAAAACAAUUGGAUUUCUUAUAUGGCAACUUUGACCUUACAUAUUACCAGUUGAUGGGAUAUGUGAGAAGAAAGAAGCAAAGGCGUACUCACUGUGCGAAAUUUUUAAGAUCUUCUUAUCAAUGCUGCAAAUUCAUGAGAAAAAUUCAUCAUAUUUCUCAAAAUGUUAAAUCUCAGCAGCUAUCAACCAUUGAGGUUUGCAUUGAUGAUUAUUUAUUUAAUGUUUACUCCCACCCUAGUCUCCCAUCUUUCUGAAGCAAGAAACAGUUUUACAACUAUAUGGAGAGUUGCUUGCCCUAUAAAAUAAAAGAUCUUAUAUUAGAGAGUGAUAUCUCAAUAUCGAUUCCUCGAAGUAUGGUUCAACCUCUAAGCAAAUGCUUGGCAAAGGUAACACAGCUGCUUGAAAUUUCAUGCUUUCAUUUAGAAACAAAAGAGUUCUACCUGCUGAUAUCUGCUAGUUAUCAUAUUCCUGUGAUACAUUUUAUGGGGUGUAAUCUAAAUGUCACCGGUGAGAAAUUAAGACCGACUUUAAACACUAUCCCAGCAACUAAGGAAAUUUGUUUUAGCAAUCCAUUUUUAUCUUGCCCUCCAGAUCAAGUAGAACAGGCCGAAAUAAAGAAUGCUAUUGGAAUCUUAUCUGUUCUCAUCAAAACAGCUCUCCCUCUAUCACUUAUCAAUGCAACCUUUCAGGGUAUUCAAAUGAAAAAGAAAGAUCUGAAGAAGAGUGUACAGAAGACAGGGCUUCAUAAGUUCAUAAAGCUGCAUGAGUAUGCCCAUAAUCCACAAGCUAUUAUCAUAAAGUUCAAAAAUUUUCUGAAGAAGAAAAUUUGCGAAUAA